GGGUUGAGACAUAUCUGAAUGUCUCAUGGAGCUUUUGAAAUUGUUGUCGAAAGAAGUAGUAGAUUUGUAAUUUAUAUAAUGCUGGAAAUCGUUGUGCUAUUCCUCCUCAGUUCGGUAUCCUUUUUCAUUGCUCAGCUGGAGAAACCAACCACAUUUUGGGGGUUCAUAGAUGCUGCAUACCCAAUCGUCAUGGGCAUACUGUCCGCUGGAAUUGUUUACAAAAACAAAUAGAGAAAGAGAAGGACGAUGGCUACAAUAAUUACUUCAAAUAGAGAUGACUUUAUUUCGGC